AUGUCCUCGCCGGAGAAUCUCCCCUUAGAAACCGCCCAAAAAAUCAUCCUCCGAUGGGACUCCACCGCCUCCGAAGAAGCUCGGGAAAAAAUGAUCUUCGAUCACACAACCAACCGCGACGAAAUCGAUCUUUACCUCCAAGCCGUGGAUGAAAUCCAACGCUCCAUAUCCUCCGCCUCUCUCUCCGAUAGCCACCACUCCAAUCCCUCCUCCACCAUCCAGAUCGCCAUGGCUCGCUUGGAAGACGAGUUUCGUAACAUCCUUAUCUCAAAUACAAACUCAAUCGAUACUCCCUUAGAUGAAGACUCUUCCUUCUCUUCAUCAAUAAAACGACAUCAGGACUUCAAAAACGACGAAGACGAUAACGAAGACGACGAUGAUCAAAACGACGAUAAGCUUCUGCGUUUUGAUAGUACUUGCUCUGUCGCAACUACUGCCACUUCUUCAAGCUACCGUUCUACCAGCAGCAUCCGUGAGAUCGAUCUGAUACCUACCGAAGCUGUCUCCGAUCUCCGAUGCAUCGCCGAUAGAAUGAUUUCCUCCGGUUAUCUUCGCGAAUGUAUUCAAGUUUACGGAAGUGUGAGAAAAUCGGCUGUGGAUUUGAAUUUCAAGAAACUCGGAGUUGAGAAACUAAGCAUAGGUGAUGUUCAGAGAUUGGAUUGGGAGCAGCUCGAGACGAAGAUUCGGAGAUGGAUUCGAGCUGCCAAGGUUUGUGUUCGAACGCUUUUCGCCAGCGAGAAGAGACUAUGUGAACAGAUUUUUGAAGGGAUUGGUAGUUCUAUUGAUGAUGCUUGUUUUAUGGAAACUGUUAAAGGUCCUGCAAUUCAGCUUUUCAAUUUCGCUGAAGCGAUUAGUAUUAGUCGUAGGUCGCCCGAGAAAUUGUUUAAGAUUCUUGACCUGCAUGAUGCUUUGAUGGAUUUGAUACCUGAUGUUGAUGUUGUUUUUGAUUCCAAGUCGUCUGAGUCGAUUCGGGUUCAGGCCGCGGAGAUUUUGUCGCGGUUAGCAGAGGCUGCUAGAGGGAUUUUGUCUGAAUUUGAAAAUGCUGUUUUGAAAGAGCCUUCUAAGGUUCCGGUUCCGGGUGGGACGAUUCAUCCUUUGACUAGGUAUGUGAUGAAUUACAUAAGCUUGAUUUCCGAUUAUAAGCAGACUUUGUAUGAGCUUAUUGUUUCGAAGCCUUCCACGGGUUCUUAUGAUCCUUCGAAUCCUGAUACGGAUUUUGAUGAACUUGAAGGGAAACCUCCUUUGGCUAUUCAUUUGAUUUGGAUUAUUGUUAUAUUGCAAUUCAAUUUAGAUGGGAAGUCAAAGCAUUAUAAGGAUGCUUCUUUGAGUCAUUUGUUUAUUAUGAACAAUGUUCACUAUAUUGUUCAGAAAGUUAGAGGGUCCCCGGAGUUGAGGGAAAUGAUUGGGGACGAUUAUUUGAGGAAGUUGACUGGGAAAUUUCGACAGGCGGCUACUAGCUAUCAGAGAGCGACGUGGGUUAGGGUUUUGUAUUGUUUGCGAGAUGAAGGGUUACACGGGAGUGGUGGGUUUUCUUCUGGCGUGUCGAAAAGUGCCUUGAGGGAAAGGUUUAAGGCUUUUAAUGCUAUGUUUGAGGAGGUACAUAGGACUCAAGCUGUUUGGUUGAUACCGGAUUCACAACUUAGGGAGGAGCUUCGGAUAUCUAUAUCAGAGAAGCUGCUUCCUGCUUAUAGAUCGUUCCUUGGACGGUUCAGGAGUCAUAUAGAGAGCGGAAGACAUCCGGAGAAUUACAUUAAGUAUUCCGUCGAGGAUCUGGAGGAUGCUGUUUUGGAUUUUUUCGAAGGGAUUCCUGUUUCGCAGCACACGAGAAGGAGAUCUCAGUGA